AGGAAACGGAGGCACAAGCAGUUAAAUGACUUGCCCAAGGUCACGCAAACAAAUAGCGGAACCCGGAUUAGACCUUAGGUCCUGUAACUCCAAGAUUCCUGGUCUUUCCACUGGGCAUGUGUCCCGGCUGCUGGGGGCUUUCAGCAACUCAAAACAGGUGACCAGAGGUUUAGCUAGUGGUGUGCAGACAGUAACGCUAAUCCCAGGAGAUGGUAUCGGGCCAGAAAUUUCCGCUGCUGUUAUGAAGAUUUUUGAUGCUGCCAAAGCUCCAAUCCAGUGGGAAGAGAGAAAUGUGACUGCUAUCCAAGGACCAGGAGGGAAAUGGAUGAUUCCUCCAGAUGCCAAAGAAUCUAUGGAUAAAAACAAGAUGGGACUGAAAGGCCCCUUGAAAACUCCAAUAGCAGCUGGGCACCCUUCGAUGAAUCUGCUGCUGCGUAAAACGUUUGACCUUUAUGCAAACGUCCGUCCGUGCGUCUCAAUCGAAGGCUAUAAGACCCCUUACACCGAUGUAAAUAUUGUCACGAUUCGAGAGAACACAGAAGGAGAGUACAGUGGAAUUGAGCAUUUGAUUGUUGACGGGGUUGUACAGAGUAUCAAACUCAUCACCGAGGAAGCGAGCAAGCGCAUAGCUGAGUUUGCUUUUGAGUAUGCCAGAAACAAUCAUAGGAGCAACGUCACCGCUGUCCACAAAGCAAAUAUUAUGCGAAUGUCAGAUGGACUGUUUCUGCAAAAAUGCAGGGAAGUUGCAGAAAACUGUAAAGACAUAAAAUUUAAUGAGAUGUACCUCGAUACUGUAUGCUUGAAUAUGGUCCAAGAUCCAUCCCAGUUUGACGUUCUUGUUAUGCCAAAUUUGUAUGGAGACAUUCUCAGCGACUUGUGUGCAGGAUUGAUUGGUGGUCUUGGUGUAACCCCAAGUGGAAACAUUGGAGCUAACGGUGUUGCGAUAUUUGAAUCGGUUCACGGGACAGCCCCCGAUAUUGCUGGAAAGGAUAUGGCAAAUCCUACGGCUCUCCUGCUCAGUGCCGUGAUGAUGCUACGUCACAUGGGGUUGUACAGCCAUGCCGAUAGAAUCGAGGCUGCGUGUUUUGCUACAAUUAAAGAUGGAAAGAGCUUGACAAAAGAUUUGGGAGGGAAUGCCAAGUGCUCAGACUUCACCUCAGAGAUCUGUCGCCGAGUGCUAGACUUAGAUUAAAAUGGCCUCGUCUUGGAUCGGUUUACAGCAGUCACUCCUAACGGACAGGACCCAGAAAUAGAUUGUAUAUCUCACUCCCAUUCGUUUAUUUGCCGAUUUCUUAAAAUAGCAUUUUUAGACGGGGCUCUUUCAUACUAAAUGCAACUAAAGGAUGCAAGUGUUGCUCUUAACUGCUUUCAGUGGACCUUUUACCAAGUACCAUGUCUUAUUUAUUAAAUGUGUCAGUUUGGUGAAAACUUUUGUAUACUGUAAGUAUGGAUUUCUGUGCUGUGUCAUUUGCCUCUGUUAACAGUUUGACUCCUGUGUUGAACAGUUCUUUUCCUUUCCGAAAAGACUUGCUGUAAAUAUCAAAGUGACUGAAUUAAUGAUACAAAUCAGCUAACUUUUAAAAAGGAAAAUCCUAUUUUCUGGGGCCUGAAUGGAACAAUACGUUGACCCCAUAGCACAAACUAACGUCCUCAGAAGGGUAGAUGGGUUUAAGAGAAAUUUCCUAGGCAGAGAGGCAUCAAAGACUGAGAAGAUGGUAUAUUUUCCAAGUGCUGUAGUCAUCUAAAUAAGACAGAUUUGAUUCCAAAUGACUUACUGUGUGCAUGAAUAAAGUGUUCAGACCAUGUCUGUACUAAA